AUGGGAGCCCAGGAGCAACCCGGACCUAGUAGUUUCUUCCGCUGUGGAGUAUUAGCGAGUUCGGGUCACGUCCUUGGCCCGCCAUGCCAUAAAUGUGUCCACGCCGGCGUUGAAUGCGUCCUUGCAACUUCAAACCGCGGCGGAUAUCGGCGACGCAAAACACAUGAUUUGCUGGUUGACAGUGCGUCGACGGAAUGGCAAUACUCAACCCCAGAAGAUCGGGAGGGGGCACAGGAAUCGACGCCCGCUUCAAUUUGUGCCACUCAUCAGAACACUCAUGAGCAGUUCGAAAUUCGUGACUCAGCUCAAUCUGCUGGUAUUAUUGAUGAUACCUUCGCCUCGACAGACUUACACAAUACCUCAGAUGCACUAAAAUUCUUGAGUAAAAUUGCUUGCAGUACCUCAACAAACAUCCUCCCCUGUACUGAACCUUUGCAUCUUGCUCAAUAUAGCGGAAAUCAAGCCACGGUCCCCGAGACUGGCCUGCUUGAGUACCAUCUCGUCAAAGCUGGUAUCUUGACACCAUCCCAGGUUCUCAAUCUUGUUGAACGCUUUGCCACCAUAUAUCACCCAUUCUACCCCAUUGCGCCAGAGAAAUCCUUGAAUCGCGCAUUUAUUUCCGAAACAGCGCGAAGCGAGCCAUAUCUGCUAACUGCAAUAUGCGUGAUUGGUGCCAAGGAUAUGGCCAAUGGAGAGCAUAUUCUGGGGACUUGUGCUCAAUACAUGAGUUCCCUAGUAACAGAGAUUGUAGCAGGCAAGAAAUGUGGGGUGGACGCAAUUGAAGCUUUGUUGUUGCUGGCAGAGUGGGAACCUCAAUGCUCAUUGCCCGGAUCUGCCAACUUGGGUUAUGGACAAGAAGACAUGGCAGCGUGGAUGCACAUCGGUCUUGCUGUCCGGCUAGCGUAUUCCAGGAGGCUAGAUCGAACUCAGUUCUAUGAUGUUUCGAGGAAUAGAGGCGCAAACGCCUCUCGGGAGCGCCUAGUGUGGGCAGUCCUCUACUGCAACAUGGGCGCUGGAGCACAGAUGAUGCUCGUGGGAAGCUAUGCCGCCUACUUGGAUGACUUUCGAGGAGCAAUUGCAGCAUGGAACUGUGUCUGGGGUUCUUUGACAUGUUCUCAAAACAUAAAGAUAUUGCUCCAAUUGUCAUAUGAGUAUUUGAGAUUAUACGCCAACGCAUUCGCCUUCCAAGCAGCUGCUCUUCGCACAAUAUCACCAAACUUUCCCGGCGUAGAAAAUAGAGGCGCCCACACCGAAGACCUCGGAUCUCUCCCCGAAGCCCGCUUCAUGUAUGAGUCUAUAGAUGCUGCGAAGGCACUAUUGACUAUUGUCAACAACUAUAUUCCGUCAGCUGAAAACUUGAACCAGUUUCCCAUCCGUUUUCCUUUGUACUGCGUCAAUGCUGCUGUCUUCUUAUAUAAGAUAUGGAGUCUGAACGCUAUCUCUCAUCCCGAGCGUGGCAGUGUUCGACGGCUUAUUGGCGAUGCAAUCAGUUCAUUGCGCAAGGGGACAACAGGAUCAUCAGAACUCGGGGCAAGAUACGCUAAUCUGCUCGAAAUCUUAUGGAAGCGAGUGGAUCGAAUCUUUGCCACGGAUGACGCAAAUCCAACAUUUGAUAACCAAGCACGACCGCUUCCCCAGUUCCAAGUCCGUCCUCAGUAUGUCCAAGACGGCUUUUCCUGGCUCGAUUUGGAAGCCAUCGGUGAAUUUGUCUUGGGCGGUGCCGCUUCCAAUGAUAUUGACUUGACUAAUAUGCAACGCACGAUGGACACCUCGUUUUGUGAAGGGGCUGAUUGGGGUGACGCUCAAUUUUUUGCCAGCAAUGAGUUUUCUCGAAUCUUCUAA